GUCGUUCCCCUUUGAAAACGCUUCCUUAGAAACAGCGAGUGAUGUUCAACAUGGAGGACACACACACUCCCAAGUAACACUUGGUGCCUGAGAAGAAUGUGAGGCGGUGCUGCAGUAUUAGUGUAGAGACCUGUGAUUCCUUAGAGAAUAAUGGGGACGUAUUUAACACCUGAGUUUGUUGAACGCCGCAUCUCACGGCUGACAACAGUGCCAGAUGGGUGGAACGCAUCAACUAAUCGCACACUGUACCAGCUUGACUUGAAGAUGUGCCAGGUGAAGUCCCUCGUCUUCAGCUUUGAAUGGGGCAAGGAAAGAGAGGGCUUCCUGCCGAGGCAACCCUCUGUCCUUGACGCUCCAGAACGUAUCCUCCGUCUGGAUGUGAGUCUCAACGAGCUGGGCUUCCUUCCCCAUGACAGUCUCCUCCCCUUCCGUAACCUCCGCGAGCUGGAUGCAUCGCUCAAUAAACUCAAGAACUUCCAGGGCAUUGAGGUGCUGCAUCAUUUGUUCAGCCUUAAUCUGGCCCACAAUGCAUUGCGGCACAUUGAUGGACUGACAACCAGUUCGUCUCUAGUCGAAAUCGAUUUGAGUAUGAAUGAAAUUCGAGACAUUUCCAGCUUGCCAAGUCUCAUCAACCUACGGAUUCUAAACCUCAGCAGUAACAAACUGAUUAGCUUGGAGGGACUGUCAUCUUUACCCAAGUUGGAAGAGCUCAAUGUUCAGAGAAAUCAGUUGGUGAGUAUAGUGCCGAUCACCAGCUGUCUCCAUCUUCGGAUGCUCAACGCUGCCGAGAACGAGCUGAAGGAACUGGACAGUGUCACUGCCGUCCUUCAGAAGAUGACAUGGCUGCGGGUCCUCAGUUUACAUGGAAACCCAAUAGAUCGAGAACACAACUACCAGACUGACAUCAUCCGAGCUGCAAAUGUCAUGACCCUCGACAACAUCAGUGUCCGACCGUUGCCAAGGAGAGGUGUGGAACAUCGGCAUCACAUUGACAACAUCAUCACCCUAAAGGAUGCGGCCAAACAGGCCUUCGAAGAGCGCAUGCGUGGAGCCCGGGGAGCCAUGGAGGACAAUGUCAGAUUCCUGCAGCACAGGAUACAGUCACUUCAACAUGAAUACCAGGAGUUUGAGCACAAGAUGAGAUCUGACCUGGACGUUUGCCUAAGGUACAUGGAUACCUUGAGUUCUACAGAAGCCAGCAGUUUUGACCGGCGGUCAUUGAAUUUCCAGCCUGGUCAUGAGAGACCGUGGGAAGGAUACAAACACAGAAGUCCCAGACCAGACCACAGACACAAGGAGGACUACACGGAUGUGAAGAACACAGAUGAGGUGUUAAAGUGUGCCUACAAUGAGCUGGCUCGAGACCAAAGCAGACUGGAAGAUGUGUAAACAUCUCGCCUACAGUGACACACAGAGGCUGAAGAUACGUUCACACAGCAGGAUAUGAAGAAGGGUCGAUGGAUGAUAUCUUCCUUGUUUGAUAGACACUUAACUUUACUAACCUAUGAUAACCUCUACCUCAUGUUUUUCCUUCAAGGACAGAGCCAGGUAAACUGGCGCGGGGUUACUUGGGUUGAGUAGGUCCGGAUUUGAGGCUGGGUACUCACUGAACAACGCUUAGUCAUGUGAUAUAUUGUUCAGUGUGAAUAACAAUGAAACUCAAAGAUUGUUAUAACACUCUAUAUAGGUCAUGAUUUCUGACUACGCACACACACACGAGCUGACUGUUAUCCACAUACCGUCAUCCCUCACAAUAACUCCCCUUGUGAUAUCACGGUCCUGGUUAAACCUCAGGGUAGUCCGUAGUCUAGGUAGUCCGUGGCUCCCAUAUAUAUUCCCAUCGAUCACACAUCUUCACGUCAUCACAAAUAGCAUAUCAACUAGCUGCUCAAGCUAAUCAUUAUGUCAGGAUGAACUAGGGAAAUUCAGUGUGGAAAGUAAUACAAAGUGUCCUUUGUUUAUCUAUGUAUUGCAGGUUUUCAGAUGGACCCGAGGGCCAGUGUUAUAGCGAGGGAUGACUGUAUCUUUAUUGUUUUAUUAGGGAUUUUGCAAAUCAAUUCCAAUUAUGGAACCCCUCUGUUGGGAACUCCUGGAGCAGUCUGGUAGAGCUAGGUUACUAGGGGUCGGGUACCUGAUUGCCCUAUUUCAAAUCAUUCAGUAGGUCGUGUGAAGAGAAUUUUGAAAUACCUUGGGAAGACAUGUGGAAGGCUCUUGCACUUUAAAUAUAUGAAUUGUUCCUCAGUCCCGUUGGUCCCGGAGACCGGGAAACAACCCCUGGGGCAUCGUGUGUUCUGUCAACGUUACCUGCUUACACUGAGUGAGAUCUUCACUGACUUGAUGUUGCAUUGUUUUAAAACCAUCACUAUUAGUGGUUUGAAUGGACAUUUCUAGUUAUCGUAGAUAUGCUUUGGCUCCAUGCCAAUAGAAGUAUGUUAAUGAUGUUGUUUUGAGAAAGAUUUAAUGUUUAAAGAUAAAC